CUGCCUCUAGUGAUUAAUCUAGUUUUACUUUCAUCAGCGACGACGUAUUUACCCGCGGAGCCGCGGGCUUUUAGCAUAACAAGAUCACGCACUGUACUCGCUUGCAUCCAAUCAACCAAUCCAUCCAUUCUCUUGUCCAAAUCUGCAUGCACUGACUGCACUGGACCGACGGGAAUAGUGCUUGUACAGCAUCUACGUACCUUACCUCGCCUGCUUGCUGCUGUUCUGGCCUGUUCAGCUUGUCUCUUUAGCUCCACUCAGCCAACUUUGGACGUUCUCUGCUGGCUGGGGCUGGGCCUUGCUUCCAUUGCAUCCUUCCAGUUUAAAGUCCCCUGCUCAGGCUUAUUCGUUAGGGUCUUUUAGCGACAUACGCUAUCCCUACGCCAAGGUACUUGUCUACGGUCCUGGGUCUGCCUCUUCAACGGCCUCUGCCCCCGGCCUCUCGCUUCCUCGCUUCCCCUUCUUCUUCUUGUUCACUCCCCUACUCGUUCAUACACUUGUACCUACCUUACCUUACUCCUCCUCCUCCCUCUGGUCUCAUUCUCGUAUGUCGCGUUGAGGUUUCGCUCUCUUUCUCUUCAACUCGACAACCUCUACCGUCUUCAAUCACGGUCGUCGCCCUCCGUCCGUGAAUGAAUUGACAAACUACAAUACACUCACACGCAAUUUCCAUACUGAACUCUACUCUGCCCGACCCGAAUAUUUUUAAUUAACGGGCGUAUCACAUUGAGGGUGAGUCCCCUGCCAGAAGCCAACCAACCAUUCAUUACCUCCAACGUGCAAAACCCUCUCUCAACCGUUUGAACAAUUAACUUGUUUUAUACCAAUCGAGUGGUUCUGUUCGCUUGCAUGACCGCUCGGCCCGUGUGAUUAAACUAAACUGUCAACCGUUGAUUUGGGUCUCAAACUGACAACGUCUGAUUGAUAGGCUUGACUUGACUUUACUUCAAUUCUCAAUCGUUCUCUUCGUCAGCGCGUUCUCACGCGCCUCACUAAUAUUCAAUAUGGCUACACCAUCCUCGAUUCCUGCCGAGCCAAAGCGCGAUGUUAUCAACAGGAUCCACAGAGUUACAAGAGAGAACCGCAGCCUCUGGUAUCAGAUGACUGUUCUGCAGCAACCUGAGCGUGCCCGAGCCUGCGGUUCUGGUUCAAAAGCCAACAGUGACCGCCGACCUGUUGAUCCUCCCCCGGUUGUCGAGCUUCGGAUUAUCGAGGGACCUAGUGUGGAAGAGGGCAAGGACAUCACUUUUGACUACAACGCCAACUUCUUUCUCUACGCCAGUCUCGAGCAUGCCCGUCCACUUGCACGCGGUCGUGUUAAUACUCCAGCUGCUGGCAACCCACCCAUUCUGACUGGUGUUCCCGCUUCUGGCAUGGCCUAUCUCGACCGUCCCACCGAAGCUGGUUAUUUCAUCUUUCCCGACCUUUCUGUCCGCCACGAGGGCCUCUACAUACUGACCUUCAGUUUGUUUGAGACUACCAAGGAGGAAAGAGACUAUGAUCUGGAACCUGCCGAUGGCGAUCUUCCACCCGGAGUCGACUAUAGAAUGGAAAUCAAGACUGAACCUUUCAGCGUCUACAGCGCUAAGAAGUUUCCUGGAUUGAUGGAGAGUACUCAACUCAGCAAGACUGUUGCCGACCAGGGCUGCCGAGUUCGAAUUCGACGAGAUGUUCGUAUGAGGAAGCGGGAAAGCAAGCCCGGUGCUGGUAACAGCAACAGUGGUGGAAACGGUUUCGAACGUCGGGAAGAGGACUUUGGUCGCAGAAGGACUAUCACUCCAGCAUCAGAAGACCCCCAUAGUAUCCGAAACCGAUCUCACAGUAACUCGAGCGAACAUCGAACUCCUUACACCGACGCUUCUCGCCGACCUUCGAUGGUGGAUUCUUAUCCGCCCCCACCACCACCACCUCCCUCCUAUGAGCCUGCUCCUUCUGCAUCGCGUCACCUCGACUUCGGAGACUCCUCUGCUGCUCAGUAUCCAACACCACGACAAUAUGCGCACCAACCUGGCCUGCAAAUAACGCCCGGUCCGCCCAAUGGUUCUUAUGCUCCUACAGCUCAGUCUCCAUACUCCAAGACGGAUGUGCCUUACGGUUACGUCAACCGUAACAUUCCUCCUUCAUGCCCUUCACCAGCUCCAUCCCUUAAGCACGAAUUGUAUGACCGUAGACAAUCUAGCAGCACCUACGUUCCCCCUUCCCCUUCGGUCUACUCUACCGAAGGCCACCAUCGCCGAGACUCGCGGCCGUCGUACCCGCCCACGCCUGUUGCUGCACCUCGCCCUCGACCUAUGCACAGCCAGACCUCCCUCCCGGCUCUCAAGAUAGACCAGCUCGUCUCUCCCGUUUCGCCGCUACCUCCUAUUGAGCCACAGACCGGUCCUGCUCCUGAACUACCUCCUAUCAAUGUUGGUGGCAAGCGCAAGCACGAGAGCGUCUUCGCCCAGAGCACCCGUCCACUUCACAAUGGUCAGCGACAAGUGGAUCCUCACUACGGUCGAUCUCACCGUGGUUAUAGCCCCGAUCAUGACCAAGGCUGGUACUCUCGAGCCGAUGGUCAAAUCAGCUCCGUCCAGUUCAACCGGUAUUAUGACGAGUAGAUACCUACAUCUUAAAGACCACACUGGAAAAGUAUCGAUUCUGGCGUUCUAGUGUUUUGUAUUUCUAUCUAUUGGGCGAUUUUGGAAUGACGGAAGACGCAUGAAACCGCAAUGUUGAGGAGUUUGGGCGCAAUUAUGUGGGAUUUAAAGUCUUGGGAAUGGCAGACUUAUCGGACCCGGAUUACUUCAUCCAGCAAAGAUUUCCUUAUGCAGAAUCAUUCACAUUUGGAUACGAAUGAUUUUGUCUUCUACGAUCACGAACGAUCACCUACUACGACAGCUAUUUUUCUUUAUUCUUAUUUACAUUGAUCUACCUUUACUACUUUGACCACUGGUGCUACUGAGGCUUUUACUUCCGUUCAUCUCUUUUACUUUCUCGUUAUUCUAUUUCACUUGACAAUCUGCGACGUUUGUCUAGGACAGUGUGACUUGACUUGGAGCAACAAGGCUGGGAUACCGGGGUAAACUCGAAACAAAAACUUCAUGGAUGGGGUUGGUAGCACAUCAUGAUAGAUUUUAUCCAUGCAAGUUCUUAGUGGGGAAGCAAGAUAUUGUCUGAGAUUUUGGGAAAGGUUUCGGUAUUCAACAGGAGUUAUCACAAACAAACAUAUCAUUCACUGAUUCAUGCCGUGUUUGGUCCAGUGUCAUGUGUAAAGCAUAAGUUACCAAUCUGUCGGUACGGAAGAUGAGAAGUGAAUUCUUGACCAGAUAUCCAUGUCUAGCUUGUAUAGUCGGAUCGACAUAACUUGUGCAUGCUCCACAGACUUGUUCUUUUAGAAUUUGAAUUCACGUUGGAUAAUCGAGGCCACACUGAUGGAAUGGAUAGGCAGUUUGGCAGGAAUAAGAUAUGAAUAUAGUUGUUCUAGCUCAACGGUGGAAAUAUGCCAAGUCAUAAUAUAUGUUCCAAGAUCACGUUCCCAAAGCUGAAAUCGACGAUUCGAG